UUUAUCGAUUGUAAAGGUGAGAAGAAAAAGAACUUGACAAUUCUCAAGUAUUUGAUAAACUUUUGAAUCACAUUUUCCCGCUUUUAGAAGCAAUAAAAUACUAAUCGAUCCAAAACCUUUUGAAGAUUUAACCAAAGGUUCUCAAACUUGAGGAAUUGACAUCUGAUGACAGAUUUUACAAUGGAUAAAGAAACUUGUUCCUACUUACUACUAUGCAUGAUGAGAAGUUAUUGUUAUUUUUAUUAAUAACCAUAACUUUUCUCACUCCUAUUCUUGAUUUUCUUUACUUGUCACAUCGUAAUAUUGAAUAAUUACGAGAUGUUACAAAUUUAUUUACAGUACAAUAAUAAGAGCGUCGAAGUUCUGCUCUCGGCGAAUUAAAAGAACGAUUUGUAUUAGACGAUAAGAAAAGAUUAUUGAAGAAAAUUGAAGAUUUCUUGUGUUUGUUUUCUUUCGUGUUCGAAUAAAAAUUGGAAGAAAAGUUCAUGUUAAAAAAAAAGAUUUUUGAAUAUUUGAAUAUCGAUUCUGAUUAUUUUUAGGUUGCUUACAACGACAAGAUUCUCAAUAUUCGAUUCGAUCUGAAACAUCUUCACUAGAUAAUAAUGAUGCAAAUCUAAAGAACAAUUUAUCCAUCCAAUCGAAAUGUUGUCGAAAGCCUUUCUUUUUACGAGUCCUUGCUCUCAAUUCGCCCGAAUGGUUUUCGAUCUUCAUUGGUAGUCUAACAUCAUUGAUUUAUGGUUCAGUGACACCUUGUUAUGCAUUGAUAUUUUCUCUGAUCUUUGGUUUAUUUUCUCAAGACGCAACUACAGCUGCGAACAACGCUCGAAACUAUGCAAUAAUUGUUUUUUGUGUUGGAUUAGCUGGAGGUGUUUGUCAAUUUCUUUCAUCUUAUGCGUUUGCUCGAUCCGGUGAAGCAUUAACUGUUCGAAUGCGUGUAAUGUCUUUUGCAACAAUGUUGCGCCAAGAAAUGAGUUGGUUCGAUGAAGAAACAAAUCAACCAUCAAUUCUUGUUACUCGUCUAUCGAAAGAUGCAGCUGCAUUGAAAGGCAUGACGGGUGUUACUAUUGGAGCUUUUCUCAAUGCUCUUGGAACUUUAGUUGCUGGUUUAGCGAUUAGUUUUGUUGCUGGAUGGAAAUUAACACUUGUUCUUCUCUGUUUUACACCAUUCAUUGUUCUCACAGGUUUUAUGCUCGGACAGAAAUUAGCUAAAGCUGGCCAGAAGAAAAUCGUUUCUACUCAUGCCGAAAGAGGCAAUAUGGUAAGUGAAGCAUCAUUUCGGAAAGAACUUCUAAAAUGA